ACGUAAACAACAUUUCCACGCUGACCUCCUCGUUGCGAUGUCAGAGCCAAUGAUCAUCACUCCUACCCCUGGGAGUGCACAACCCAACCACUCCGUGCCGCCCUUCCAGAAGGCCAUCACUAUGCCCUUUCAAACCAAGAUCCAAACCAGGCAAUGGUUUGCUUAUACGUGUACUUGUUUCCCCCCAAGAAAUCAGCAUCUAGCAAGGAUCCUCGCUGCUUGAUAUAUCAGCCAUGGCAACAACGGCCAAACCGGCCAUCACCAGUAUCGCUGGACGCAAAGAGGGGCGUCGGUCAAAAUCUGCCUCCAAUGACAAAGAAAACCAUGGACCGUCGUUGACAGUCAAGCUUGAUGUGGGGGGCACUGUCUACAAGGUCUCACGGUCACUCAUUGAGUCCUUUCCAGGCACGAUGCCGGCCAAGCUUGUCUCCAAGCGGUGGACUACUCGCGCGGACGACGACACGAUGAUUUUCAUUGAUCGGAAUGGAGAUAGAUUCCAGUACGUGCUCGACUACAUGCGAGAUAACGAAGUGCACUUGCCACUUUCCGUUCCCAAGGCCGCUAUUGUCAAAGACCUGGAAUUCCUAGGGUUUACAAACAUUGACACGAACAGCAUUCAUGAUGGUGCUGCCAGUGCCGAAGCUGCCACGCAGAUUGCCAAGUGCGAAGCCCUUUAUCAGAAAGAAUUGGAGCUUUGCCAUCGAACUGUCCAACGAUUCCAAAAGAAGAUCACGUAUCUUAACAUCGCCCAUGCCUGCUUCCUUUCCUAUAGCAAGUGUGGACACUUGCUCUCUACCGAGUUCUAUCUCGGCGAUUACUCCUUGAAUCUCAUGACAUUGAAGGACGAAAUCAAUUCCGCUUUUGACAACUUUGAUAGAACAUUGUUUGAUGAGUGUCUAAUCAUUCAUGGACUGAAGUACGUGAGCCACAGACCCAUUGAGCUGCGAACACCCCACGCUAUCUGGUACAAUCUGUCCUUGACCGCGGUGCAGUCCACGGGAAUUGAUCAUCCCAAUCAUCAUGUUCUGUCUCAUUGCGUUUCUACCGCGGAGCCCGGUAGUGACUUUCGAAAGUGAUAACUGUACCAUAGUACGAUGGCCCGCUAUUCAUUCAGCGGGGACAGUCUUACGGGUGUCUACGAUACAGUCCUGCCACAUCUACUGAGUGCUGAUCUUUUGACAGCCACUACUGGUACUAGGCAUAGCUAGUAUGUGUUAACGAGCUACUGCAAGGUCUUACCAACAUUUUGUGCAACACAGGCAAGAAAACAUGGCCAUUUACGCCCCCAGUCACCCUUCCCUUUCCACACUCAACAGGUACAACUAGUACAGUUGAUCCGCAAUCAAAGUUUUCAAAUAAGGCAACUUUCCUGUGACCAUCGCAUCGCAAAAUGCGACCAUGGCUCCUGUCAACCAACUACUUUGAAU